UCUGGGUCUUUUAUGAUUUAUGUCAAACAAAACACAAACUGUGCAGCUGUAAAAUAAUACCAUGAGUUGCCAUGGUUACUAAGGGGAUCCAAACACAAACAGGAUCCUACCAAAGGAAACAGCUUCAUCCACUGAGGUGCUAAAGGGGUCCACAAAUUACUGCAAUAAUUUGACCAAAUCUGUAAAGUCACAGGCUCAUUAGAAACUGAGAAAAUGUACAAAGUGGAUUUGCCUGUAGACCAGUCCAUAGAAAAGGCUGCGGAGAGGCGAAGGUCUGCAGAAACAGCACGCAAGGCCCGGAUCUACAACACCCGGCACCGUGUGAUGGGCCUUGACCUUGAUGCUCUCAACAAACAGGUCCAGGAGAAAAAACAUCAGCAAAACAUGGAGCUACAACGCGACAAAGCUUUCGACAAGCUGAGAGAGUAUCAGGAUGAAGCACUACUGCAGCAAGACAAUGAUGAAAGAGAGAAGCGAGCAGCUUUGCACACUGACCUGACCCAGUAUUGGGCCACUCAUCAACGUGUAGAGGACUCACAUGAUGCUGAUCUCAAGUGUGGCCUGAAGGGGGCAUUUGAGAUCACCAUUCCAGAGUCCGAGCUCGGGCCUGCCAGUAUGAAAAUCUUCCAGGGGGAGGAUAUCGGAGAGGAACAAAGGAGGAGAGAACAAAUGAAAAAGAGAGAUAGAGAUCUGCGAGCACAGAAGGAGGACAAUGAGAGAAAGCACGUGGGAGACAAGCACAGAGAGAUGCUCAUGAGCAGAGAGCUGGUGCAUCAGGACCUAAGGGGGGUUCAGCUACGUGCACUAGAGGAGGAGCGUAAGAAAGCUGCCCGCGUCACACUCAACAACUACAAUCAAGCUCUGGCUGCAGAGCGCACAGAGACACUGAGGGAGCAGCACAGGAGAGAGGAGAGGGAGAAUCUGGCAGAGAUGCGGCACACCCUGACAUCCGACAUGAUGACAGAGUGCGCCGAGGCAGCGGAUAGCAUGAUGGGGGGAGGGAGGCCGCCACGGGUCCUGAUAGACAGGUGGAAGGGGAUGAGCCCUGAGCAGCUGAACGCCUUCCACAGGGAGAGAGAGGAACAAUGUCUUCAGAAACAGAGACAGCGUGACGCUGAGAAGAUUCAGGACGCAGCCUGGGAUCUUCAGCUCCUGAAGAUGUCCAGAGCAGCAGAGGAGGAGCAGAGGAAAGCAGAAGAGCUGAGGAGAGAGAAGAGGAUGCAGACAGAGCGUUACAACAUGCAGCUGGCCGAAGAGCAGCAGGCACAUCAGGAGUACCUGAACAAGAAGCUGUACACCAACAAGCCCAGCAAGGACUACUUCUAUCAAUUCAACACCAGCUCCCGCUGACCCCCACACACCUCCCCUGUGACAGUGAUCUAUUGAUUGUUAUACUUGAUUGUGAAAUGAAUCCAGUGGUGGAAUGUAACUAAGUACCUUUACUAAUAAAUAAACUAAUAAAUUCUGAUGUA